AUGCUGAGCGUGAGCGUGCACCGGUCAAGGCUGCUGGCGGCGGGCCGCGGCCGCGCGGCGCCGGCGCCCGACGAUGACGACCUCCGCGUCUACUCCGUGAUCCUGGCCUCCGUGGUGUCCCUGAUGCUCCUGUGCGGGGUCCUCUCCGUGCUCCCCAGCCCCGGGGCCGUCGCCGCCACCAAGGCCUACGUCGUCCUCGGCGUGGCCGCGAUCAUGCUCGUGCUCAUGCUCCUCGCCUGGCUCGCCGCGCCGGGGAUCCGGGCCCUCGCCGGGCCGCGCGGGGCCCCGGCGCCGGCGCCGGCUCCCGCGGCCGCGGCAGCGGCGCCCGUGCGCCUGGCGCGGCGCCUCUGCGCGUGCGGGCUGGCGGACGCGGCGGGGGUCGUGGCCGCGCUGCCGGCGUUCCCGUACGGCGGCGCCGCGGCCGCGGCCGCCGACGGCGAGCGCCGGAGGAGCGGCGUGCUGUGCGCGGUGUGCCUGGAGGACGUGCUCGCCGGGGAGAUGGUGCGGCAGCUCCCCGCGUGCAGGCACCUCUUCCACGUGGGCUGCGUCGACGUGUGGCUCCGCGCGCACCGGACCUGCCCGCUCUGCCGCUGCGAGCUCCCGCCGCGUAAGGCCGCUGGUGCGACGGCGACCGCGCCCGUCGUCGCGGCGGGAGCGCUGCCGCCGCCUGUUUGAUCUCACUCAGCGGCGCCACUCAUCACGCUAGCCACUACCACCCCCCUGA